AUGGAAUUCAUAAGUGAUUAUCAGAAUGAAGUUGAUGAUGAUUUUAAAGAUGCUUAUUGGGAAUUUCUUGAUUCAAUUCAUAAUAAGAUUAACCCUAAAACAUUUGAAAUUAUCUUAAGAAUUGGUGUUAAUUUUAUGGAUGAUGAUUCAUUUUGGUUUCAAUUGAUUAAUAUCUUGGAUUAUGGUGAUAUUUUUGAUCAACAAGAAGUUUCAAUUGUAUUAAUUGAUCAAGUUUUAAAACAAGAUGAAAAUAGUUGGAAGGCAACUUGUUUAUUAUGUAUCUUAAUUCAAGAUUAUCCAAAUAUGAAAAAUCUUUGUUCAAAACAUUUAACUAAAAUUCAUGAAGAUAUUUCUGCAAUUUUCAUGAAUGUUAAUGAUUUUACAAAUGCUUCAUAUUUAGUUGAAUUAAUUUCUCAAUUAGAAAGUAAACCUUUAAUUUUAUUGAUUUUUAAAGAUUUACCAAAUUUAUGUGAUACUUUCCCCCUGGAACCUUGUUAUGCAAAUGAUCAAGAAUGUUUUAAAUUUUUGAAACAAUUGGAGUUCAAUGAUUCCAUCUUCAACUAUUCAUCUUGUAAAAUUGGUGACAAUUUAAACUCAGGUGAAAGUCAUUGUCAAAUUACUUCAAAAUAUUUAAUUGCUCUCUUGGAUAAUAAUGAUUUUGCAUCACCUAUUCAAUUUGAUUUACAAAAUAUUAAGAAUGUUAAACAAAAUGGUAAAAAAAUCAUUUUCAAUUUAUCUCAACUUGUUAAAAAGGCACUAAUUAAUAUUGAUAUUUCACAAUUUGCCUCUGUACACUUUGAAUUUAAUACUAAAAAACAAAGUAAUGAAUUUUUCCAAAAAUUAAAUCAUACAAUUUCUAAAAAUGUUGCAAUUACCCCAAGAAAAAUUAGUGUUGUUCAAAAUUUUAUUGCAUUAACUGGUGGAUUUGGUGAUGCUGAAAAUGAAAGUGAUAAUAAUGAAGGUGGUUCAGAAUAUAAUGAUGAAAAUGAACAGCCAGGUGCUAAUCCAAUUGAUAAGAAUGAUAAUGCAAACAAUACUUCAAAUUCAAAUUCUGUUAAUAUUGAUGAAACAGAAUCAAUUUUUGGUUCACCAAUCAAUACUACAAAAGAUACAAGUAUUAUGAAAAAGGGUAGAGCUGUUUCAAUGAUUAUAGCUGAAACUAAAGACGGCGAUGAUGUCGGAUCCAAGAAGAACAAAAAUCCAUUAGCAUUUUUAGAAACUCCAAACCAAAGUGAAGGUGAAGAUGAUGAUGAUGAGAAUUAUGAACAAGUACCAGAUAGUUUAGAUGAAGCUUUUAAAGAAUUUCAAAAUCCACCUAUCAAUAGAGGUCCAUCAGAUGUUAUUAUUGAAAGUGAUCCAAAAGCUACAACGGUAAAUGAACCUCUGGCAACAAAAUCAUCUAAAAAAAUUGUAAACAGAGGUAAAAGUGAUAUUUGGGAUUUUGAUUCUGAUCCGUUAGAACCAGAUCAACCAAUUGUGAAUCCUAAAGCUACAAGUACAGUUAAUAAUGCCAAAUAUAGAUCAAAAGCUAUGAAAUGUUUAACCAAAAAUAUGAAUACUGUUGAAAAAAGAGGUCCUGGUCGUCCUUCUGCUGCUGGUAAAACAUCUACUACUAAAAAGAAUGAUAAUAAUAAGAAAAAUCAAACCAUUGCUAAAUCAAAAGUUAAUUCUAAACUUCAAGAAUCUCAUAAACCUCAAAAUAUGAAUACUUCAAGGUUUGAACAUUCCUCAAUUGACGUUACUGAUCAAAAUAAUGAUUCUUUCCAACCAUUAACUUCACCUCUGGUUGGUGCUCAUGAACGUGCUAGAACUAGAGCUUAUUCAAGAGCUCAAUCUAUUCAACAAGAUUCUCCUACUAAAAAGAAUGAUGCUGGAUCAAAGAAGAGAAAAACUGGUAAAGAUGAUGAUACUUACCAUGAUGGUGAAGAUGAAGAUGAUGAAGAAGAAGCUAUUGUUCAACCAUCAAGAAAAACUCGUAAGACUGUUGUUAAUAAAAAACCCCAACAACCUGUCAAGGCAAGAAAUACUAGAGGUAGAAAGAAGAAACAAGAUAUUGAAAAUGAAGUUUCUGAAAAACAACAAUCAGAACCAAGAAAAUCUGUUCCACCAAAUAAACAAGAUAAUUCAAGAAAAGUUUCAAAUAAUAAGACAACUUCUUCAAAUAAGGAAAAUGAAACUCUAUCUACUAAUGCUGAAAUUAAUAAAAAACAAUCAAAUGCUAUUCUGGAAAGUACAAGAUUAUUUGAAAAACCACAAAUUGCAAACCAUUUACAAGCUCUGGCCUCUCAAUUUCAACAACCAGCUCAACCAACUUUACCAAAUUUCACAAUUGGUCAUGGUCCAUCAUCAACAAUUGAUGCAAAUUCAAUUUUAUCAGAAGCAUAUACAAAUACACUUCAACGUCAAAUUUUUGAAUCAAUAAAUUCAUUUUCAAAUCAAUUAGUUAAUAAAAUUAGAAUUAUAAAUGAUGGUAUUAAUCAAAAAUUUAUGAAUGAUUUAACAACAAAAUAUGAAAAUUUAUUUAAUGAAUUAAGAGAAAGUUUCCAAAGUGAUGUUGAUGAAAUGUGUGGAUUUAUUGCUGAUGUUAAAGGUUUAGUUAAUUUACCUGAAGAAGAAUUGAUUAAAUAUAUUAAACAAAAUAAGUUUGGUUCCAAAAAUACACCAAAUCCUUGA